AGAUAGAUUCAGUUCCUGCUUUAAGUCGAAUUCUGUAACGUUAGCUAGCUAGCUAAUUAGCUUAGGUUAGCAAACGUUAAGCAGGUUUUACAUAUUUAGUUUACAUUUUAUUUUAUUUUUAUACAUUUUAGUGGUACUGGCAUUAACAACAUGACAUAUUAAACUCAACUCCGGCUAAAUGUGCAGUGUGUAUGGCUACGGUAGUCUGAUUUAAUCAGACUGUAUACACAUUUAAUUGAAAUGACUGUGGUGGCAGCCAGCAUCACAUAGAAGAUGAACAAGGGUGAUUGGGAAAACAGAUUGAAGAAGGUGGAACAAUUAGCUCAGUCCUUCCAGCAGUGUCCUUUGACCUCAUGCUACAAACCUAGGCUGUCCCGGCCAUGGCAGCCGUCCUCCAUAUGGAAGCUCUUCCCUCGUCAAUGUAUGGCUAUCAACUUUGCACAGAGUUGCAGAGAGGACGUACACGUGUUUGCACUUGAGAAGGAACAGGCAAAGAUGGGUCAGAGGAUCUUCCUGGUCAGCAGUUACAGUGAGCUAUGGCAUUACUACAGUACCUACAGGCAAUCUCUGAUGCAUUGCUAUGAGGUGAUCCCAGAGGGGGCUGUUUGCAAGCUAUAUUUUGACUUGGAGUUCCACAGGCCCUCCAAUAAGGGCUUUGAUGGGAAGUGCAUGGUGGCCUCCCUCAUCCAGUAUGUGUGUGAGAAGCUGGAGGAGGUGUAUGGGAUUGAGUGCUCUGGGAAAGAUGUUCUGAACCUUGACUCCAGCACCGAGGAAAAAUUCAGUCGCCAUCUCAUCUUCAUUUUACCAAAUGCAGCUUUUAAGGAUAACCUACAUGUUGGGCAAUUUAUCAAUUUGAUUCUGCAGCCAGUGCUGAGCGUGCAUAGGAGGGGAAGAGAACUUGAGAAUGACAUGGGUGGAGUCACAGAGGACAGUGGCAAAAGGGGGCUGAUUGGAAGUCCACCGACCAAGAGGCCCAGACAGGAAGAGAGGGACCUCAGCUUCCUGUUGGUGAAAAACAAGGACGGACAGGAUGGGCUUUUUGUUGACCUCGGUGUGUACACCAAGAACAGAAACUUCCGUCUCUACAAGUCAUCUAAGGUGGGGAAGAAUGCAGCCUUCACUGUCGCAGAGGACAACAAGUUCAUCACCAAGCCUAAAAGGAAUGUCUCUGCAGAGGAGAGCUUGUUCCAGUCCUCCUUAAUCAGCAACGUAAGUUUCACCGGUCAGAAGAUUCUGACAUGGGACCUCCAUGACGAGAGGGACGGGAUAUGCCCCAAGCCUCAUGCUCAGCUGGGUUCGACUUCACACUGUGUUUCAGACUCUUUGGGAGGCUACCAGUGUUCUCCCCACAAAGAAGUGGACAACUUUGUUCUUUCUGUGGUGAAAAAGGAUGGCAUCCAAGGAAGCAUACGACGGUGGAAUUACUUUGUUUCAGAGCAGUUACUUAUCUACGACAUCCUAAAGUACCGCUGGUGUCAGAAUGUUGACCGGUUCCACAAAAGCAACAACGUCAUGAUUCUGGUGGAUCUUAAACAGGAGGUCUGGUACCAGAAGUGUCAUGACCCUGCUUGCAAGAGCUUCAGAUCUUCUAGUUACCCAUUACCACAGGACAUCUGCGUCAGCUACCUCAUUACAAUGGAUGAGGAGGACCAGGCAUAUCUGAUGGACGACUUGGGGAACAUCGAGCUCAGCCAGACACUCCCAGCGGAGAAGUACCUGGGGGGCUCGGCAGCAACACUUCCUCAGGGAGAAGACCGCGAUCCCUGGGGAGAUGACCAGGCUUACCUGGAGGCCCUGGAGGAUGUCGAGAGAAGCACAGGCGAUUUGGCAGAGGAUGAUGUCCCAGAUGAGCUUCUGCUCCAAACCAUGACUGAGUUUGAGUCCCUCAAAGAUUUGUGCUUGUCAGCCACUAAGUGCAUUUAACUUCAAUUCUGUUCAUGGAGACACAGGGUGACCAGGCUUUUGCCCCAGCUCAGGGGGAACCCACCCCAUUCAACUAUUCAAGGGCUUGAUGCUUAGUUGAAUUAGGUGUGUUGAGGUGCUGGGCUGGAACAAAAGCCUGCCAGCCUGUGAGUCUACAGGAGCAGAAUGGAAGAAGACUGCAUUAGAGGGAGGUUAUACUUGUCCAACAGUUCAUUUCUCAUUUGUAAUACAGUAAUUGGGCUCCUGAGUAGUUCAGCGAUCUAAGGCACUGCAUCUUAGUGCUAGAGGAGUCACUACAGACCCUGGUUUGAUUCCAGGCUGUAUCACAACCGGCCGAGAUUGGGAGUCCCAUAGGGCGGCGCACAAUUUGCCCAUUGUCAUCCGGGUUAGGGUUUGGCCGGGGUAGGCAGUCAUUGUAAAUAAGAAUUGUUCUUAACUGACUUGCCUGGUUAAAUAAAGGCUAAAUAAAAAAAAAUGAAAUUCAGUACAAUCCUCAAUUUCAAUUACUGGCUGUUAAUUCACUUUAUAAAACAGGUUUUUCCUAACUACCUAGGCCUAUUCAAUGCAAGGUGGCCUAUAGCAGGGGUCUCCAACAGGUCGAUCGCAAGGUGCCAGUAGCUCGCAGCCCACCUAUGAGUAGCUCGCCAAACGAUUCUGAAAGUAUAUGCAAUUUUCAUGUGUUUCACUGCAAACGGUCAUAAACAAAUCUCACAAGUAUCAGACACCGCAAGCUCCCAGCUACUAUCUAGUCAAUGCAGCAUUGACAUGAUCAAACCCCUGGUCAGCCACUAUUGGAUUAAAAACCCAAACCUAACACAAUAUCAUAUUCAUUUCCAGUAAUAUCGCCUGUGUCUGUGUGGUGCGUUUGUCUAUCACUCAGUGUGUAGCUAGAAAUACUUUCCCCAAAACCUUCUCUAUUAUCAUAAGUAUAUCAUUUGUAUCUAUUAUUUGCAAACUUUGCCAUGAAAUGAGCAGCAGCAGUACACAUUCCUCACUCGUUAGAUACGCAAUUAAAAGGGUAAUUACACAACUAACAUGGAUUUUUUUGUUUCUUCCCGAUUUAAGCAUUGCCAUGGACUCAGAACGUUCAAUUAUGUUUCUAUAUGAACAAUUGUAUUUUUGAGAGUGAAAAUGCAAAAAAAUCUAAACAUAAAAAAUAAAAAAGUAGCUCUCAUGGUAGAAAAUGUUGGAGACGCCUGCGUUAUAGCGUGACAAUCUCCACAAAUGUCUGGGAAUAUGCCAUUAAAAAGAGCAUUGUCAGCUGUGUAGUUCGCUGCACAAUAAAGCACCUUGCAUUGAAUGUCAGCCCUACUUGUUGUUCUGAUAGCGUAGAAUUGUAUAUAGGAUGUUUCUGAUAACAUUUAUAAACUACCAACUCCUUA